AUGGUCCGUAAAAGGCCUAAUCUUGCGCCUGAUAUGGACCUGAAGCCGUUAGAAGUGGAACCGAAGUGCGCGUCUAGGAAACCCCAACAGAGGAAGAAAGGGGGAGGCGGCGGGGCGCCCGAAAGUCCCCUGGAUAAGAGGGGGGCUAGUGGCGGGGCGAGGAGCGAGGAGUCGUUGGAGGCGAUUCUGACGCAGCUCCUCCCCCGUCUACUACGAGACAUGGAGUUGACCCCAGUUUCAGUUCAGGCGUCCCCACAAAAGAGGCAGGCAACGAGGGUAGGUGCAGCCAAAGAGGACGGUGCCUCAAUGUACACCCAGGCGCUGACGGGCGUUGCCCCUAAGAGCAAGGCCGGAUCGGUCGGCGGGGGCCCCCAGCCGCAAAUCGGUGAAGAGGAGAGCGAAACGGGCGGCCGCCAAGGCCAGAAAGGCCGAGGCUACGAAUCAGUAUCCACAGGAACCCUUCUUAAGCUGCGGUUGCCCUCCUUGGCGGCCGUAGUGAUAACAUGUGCGGACCCGCUUAAACUGGCGGAGGCGGUCCUCAAUCUCUUUAAAGGACUUGGAGAUCGAGGACUUGAGGCCCAAAAGGGCCAUCACCGAGGCCCUUAUAUGAGAGGUAAGGAGCCCCGGGGGCGGCGAGAAGGCAGAUCGUCUAAAAGGGAAGCUGGAGGGGGUCCUCGGCGGGAGGGACGAUGUGAAAGUGUCCCACCCGUCGAGGACCGCGGAGUUACGUGUUUCGGGCCUGGACGACUCGGCUAUCUCAAAGGAGGUGGCCGUGGAUCUCGCCGAAAUCGGUGGAUGUGCCCCGCAGGAGUUCCGGGUGGGGGAGGUCAAAAAGUCCCCCAACGGCGUGGGCUCCUGCUGGGUCAGGUGCCCGGUGGCUGCAGCAAAGAUGCUGCUGGCCGCUCCACGUGUAAAAGUGGGGUAGCCGAGCUGCCGGGUCACGCUGCUCCCGAUGAGACAGAUGCAAUGCUUCCGGUGCCUGGAACCAAGCCACACUCAGGCCCGGUGCACGAGCACGACGAACCGGUCGAGGUGCUGCUAUAG